AAACACGUCCCAGUACUUGCCUUUUAUUUUAUUUCUAUUGCUAAUCAAUGCACCGCGCCGAUCUGAAACUUCUCCGUCGUCAUCAAUCUCAGUUUCCAUAUACCAUCUAAUCUGAAUUGCGCAAAAUCGAUCGGUGCUCUAAUCUCGCCAAAUGGGAAGCGGCAGCGGCGGCAGCGAUGUGGAGGCAGGCUUUGCGAAGCUGCAGGGUGAAGAUUUUGAGUAUUAUAUGCAGACCUACUCCAUAAUCCUCGGUCGCAACUCUAAGAAAUCCACGGUCGACGUCGACCUCGCCUCCCUCGGCGGCGGGAUGAACAUCAGCCGCCACCACGCUCGCAUUUUCUACGAUUUCCAGCGGCGUCGAUUCGCCCUUGAGGUUCUGGGAAAGAACGGCUGCUUCGUCGAGGGGGUUCUUCAUCUCCCUGGUAACCCUCCGGUGAAGCUCGAUUCACAGGACCUUCUGCAAAUCGGGGACAAGGAGUUUUACUUUUUGUUGCCUAUUCGGAGCAUCCUCGGCGGGUUUAUUGGUCCCAGGCAUCACAUGAGUAGUUAUCAGAUGGGGAGUUCGGCGCAUCAGUAUCAUCAUGGCGGUCACGGCCAGCAGCAGCCGCAGCAGCGUGUGCCGUUGCCCCCGUCGGCCGGUUCUGGAGGAGUGGUUUAUGGUAAGAAGGGAACUGGAAGGGGGAUGGAGGAGUAUUAUGAGGGCGAGUAUAAUGAGGAGGAUGGUGUUGGGGAGGAUGGGCAGUCAGGAGGGAAGAGGGCGAGGAGGUUUGAUGGGGUUGAUGGCUCCAGCAGCGGUGGUUAUGGGUAUGGUUCUGGUGGGAAAGCUGUGGCCUCAGGGCAGUUGGAUAAAAGGGGUGAGGGAAGAUCUCAUGAUAGGGAAGCUGACAACCAGCAACUCCUUCAGUUAGAGGAAAAGGAUGUGGUGACCUCAGUGGCUACAGUGCUGUCUGAUUUAUGUGGUCCUGGAGAAUGGAUGCCGCUGGAGAAGCUUCAUUCUGAGCUGGUGGAACAAUUUGGCAAUAUAUGGCAUCAUAGUCGUGUGAGAAGGUACCUGACAUCUGAGGAUCACUCCAGCGUAGAAGCCAGGGGAAAACCAUGGUAUGGUUUGCUUAUGCUGCUAAGGAAAUAUCCUGAGCAUUUUGUUAUCAACACAAGGUCAAAAGGUCGUGUUACUCUGGAAUUCGUCUCCCUUGUCUCAUUACUGUCGUAGGAACUUCCGAACAUCAACUGAUGAAACCUGUAAGAUAUUGUAUCUUCUAAUUGCAAAUUAUGAUUUCUAUCCUUGGAAGUAAUCAUGGUGACAGAUUUGGGAUCAUCCUGUUAUACUCUACUACUUCUCUUUUAACCACAUGCGAGAUUGAUUGAUUUUUCUUUA